AUGUCUGGAUUAGAAAAAUCCCUUUUCCAGCUCAAGUUUACCGCCAAACAAUUACAGAAACAGUCCCGAAAGGCCGCCAAAGACGAAGUAACUGAGAAAGCCAAACUGAAGAAGGCCUUGCAACAAGAUAACGUAGAUGGAGCGAGGAUAUAUGCGGCGAAUGCAAUCCGUAAACAUAACGAAUCCUUAAAUCUGUUGAGACUGUCUUCGCGCAUCGACGCCGUCAGUAGCAGAGUUGAAAACUGCCGUAACUAUGAGGAGCGUCACAUCGAGCAUGACAGGCGUUGUAAGGGGCAUGGACCGAGCGAUGGAAAGUAUGAACCUCGAUCGCAUUGCGAUGAUAUGGAUGCCCAGGCGGGUUGUAUGGAAUCUGCGAUCAGUCAAACAACAGCGUCCUCGAUGCCACAAGACCAAGUGGAUUUACUGAUGCAAAAAGUCGCUGACGAAGCCGGAUUAGAGAUCAAGCAUGGAUUGGGUGAAGUGCCCAAGUCUUCGGUCGGUGUUGCCGAACAGGAACCGGUGGCCAAUCAAGAAGCACCGGAAGACGCAUUAGCUCAACGCCUUAAAGCACUCAGACCAGCAACCUGA